AUAUAUAUAUAUAUAUAUAUGAGAGGAUUUGCUUUUUUUGUGUGGUCAGAUUCGCUCAAUCUGAAGAUGUAAUGGCCAGUUUAUUAUUUUAACGGCUGGCCAGCUUUUCUAGUGACUCAGCCUCUAAGAUUUUUGAAAAGCCUCUCAGUAGCGGAUGCACAUACUGCGCCAUCACUAGAAUAGAUAAAUAUAAAAAUAGAAGCCCUUCUUCUUCUGAUGCCCCCCUUCCUUCGUGUCCAAACCCUCUCCCUUGCUCUGCCUUUGGGAGAAGAAAUCUUUGUCUGGUUUCCUCACCCUCUUCCGCCUCCAUCUUUCCCCCCUCCCCGUUACCUUUCCGUUUGAGACCAGACCUGGACGCCCCCAAAAUAUUGCCAUUGUUGGAAAAAAAGGGAGGAGAGAAAGACAUUACUUUAUCUCAAACAGUACAAUUGAUGAGUUUUGCUCAUAUUCAUUGGUUUGGAUUUAUUUCUGCGAACAUUCAAUUGGAAUUUUGGAUGGAGAGGAAAUAUAUUUUAUUUUAAAAUGAGGGGGAUGAAAUUAGGAAUCCAAUUAUGUCAACAAAUUGAUGUGAAUGCUUUGAAUUUGUGUCUCUCCUUCUCCUUAUUGAAAGGGUUUUUGUUUACAGCCCCAAUGUCUAAGGGAAAUAAAGGGAAAUAGAUACGCAUCUAUUUCCCAUUAUUUCCCUAUUUCCCUUUAUUUCCCCCUUAGACGUGGGGGCUGUAAACAUAGAUGCCUGUGUGUUGGAUAGGACUGAAAUAUCAGCCCUCCUGUCUCCCCCAGGUGGGACAACGGGGGUUGGGAGGAGCCCUGAAAUUGAGCAGGACGGCAAUCAGAUCAUUAAUAAUAAUAAUAAUAAUAAUAAUAAUAAUAAUACAGCCCGGAAAACUCACAGCAACCCAGUGAUUCCGGCCAUGAAAGCCUUGGACAACACAUAAAUCAUAAGUUUGGUCAAAGGAUUCACCCAAACCCCAACAUUCCCUUUCCCUGUUGGAAGGGCGCGCUUCUUCCUGCCAAGGCGACUCAGUGGCAGGAGCCCUUGCCUCUUCUUUCUCCUCUUGGCCUCGGCUGGAGGAAUUCCUUCCACACAAUGGAGGGACCGAGGGCCAAUUGUCCUCCCCUACUGUACCCUCCACCGAAAGGCGAAAGGCGGGGAUGGGAGGGAGGAGGGAGAGGGAUUCUGUUGGAAAGAAACAAACGCUGGAAGUUGCCAAGUGGGGAAAAGAACGGGGUUCCAGAGGAGAGGGAAAGAAGGACACAAGGGAGCCUUGCUUUGCUGGGACGGUUUUCAUUUUGGGAAAGUGUUUUAUGUAUUGUUUUUAUUUUACAGGCUGGUGAAUGCACAGGAGUGCUGGGAGAGGGGAAGAAACAUUUUAAUUUUUAAUAAAUGUUUUUAAAAAUCGCAUGAGAUGUUAGUGUGUCUGUCUGUCUGUCUGUCUCUCUCCCCUCCUCCUUGUUGGGCACCUCCAAACUUCUUGAGGUGGGUGUCAAAACUUUGCGGUUGACUUUGUGAAGGACUCAAGGCUCGGUUGUGAUUUGUGAGGUGCGGAGGAGCAGCUCCUGACCCUUCGGGAAGAUAAAUCCGGGAGAAGGAAGCCAACCCGGGGCAGAAGGAAGCCCUCAAGACCAGCUGGAGGGAGGAAGCGAGCCAGCUUCGCCGGGAGCAGCUCCCUAUCUUCCACCAAGAAGCAGGCAGGCACAAAACUACAACACACACAAACAUCUCUCUCUCUCUUUCUCUCUCUCUCCCUUCUCAUAUCAGUACAGAUUAGGAGGCGAAAGGGGACCCAGCCAGGGCGGGUAGGCAGAGAUAGCCAUCCCCCCCUUUUAAAAAAGUGUAAAUACUGCCUUUCUGGCCCCCAAUGAGGCGUUCCUUCCCGACUUUUUUGGAUCAAUCAAACAGACAGUGGCUUCUUUUGAUUAAAGCCCAAAUUGUCAUUGGGCAGAGGCAAUCAUGUGACAGCCAAUUCGGUCCAAUUUCAACCUUGUCUCCAUGAAUUCAAUAGUUUAAUAGUAGCACGGUCCCCAUACGGCUGUAAUCAGUGAAUUAGAAAAAAAACACCCCACCAGCGAUCUCCUAUGAUAUUUUCCCCCUUCCUUUUUCUUCCUCUCUCUCUCUCCCUCUUCCUCCCUCUCUCUCUUUCUCUCUCUCUCUCCCUCUCGCUUUUCGCCCUCCCCCCUUUUUUCCCUGGGCCUUGCUUCCCCCUCCCCCCCUCCCCGAAGCGCUAAAUAAGAGGGAACUUUUUCUCCAAGGGGGCUGCGAGUUGAAGGCCAUGAAUUUCGAAUUUGAGCGAGAGAUUGGUUUUAUCAAUAGUCAGCCAUCGCUCGCUGAGUGCCUGACAUCUUUUCCCCCUGUCGGUGAUACAUUUCAAAGUUCAUCAAUCAAGAACUCGACGCUUUCACACUCGACACUGAUUCCUCCUCCUUUUGAGCAGACCAUCCCCAGCCUCAACCCAGGCAGCCACCCUCCUCGCCACCACGGAGGCAACCACGGCACCGGCAGCCGGCCCAAGCUCAGCCCCAAUGGCCACGGAGGCAGCCCCCUGCCAGCCGGAGCCCUCCAGCCCGCGGAGUACCCCUGGAUGAAGGAGAAAAAAGCCUCCAAGAAAGGCGCCCUGCCGCCCGCCGCCUCGGCCUCGGCCCCGGGACCAGCUUGCCUGAGCCACAAAGAAUCUUUGGAGAUCUCGGAAAAUGGGACCGGGGGCUCGAGGAGGCUGAGGACGGCUUAUACCAACACGCAGCUUUUGGAGCUGGAGAAGGAGUUCCAUUUCAACAAGUACCUCUGCAGACCCCGGCGGGUGGAGAUCGCGGCUCUGUUGGACCUGACGGAGAGGCAAGUCAAAGUCUGGUUUCAGAACCGGCGGAUGAAGCACAAGAGGCAGACCCAGUGCAAGGAGAACCAGAACAGCGAGGGGAAAUUCAAAGGCUUGGAGGACCCCGAGAAAGCCGAGGAGGAGGACGAGGAGGAGGACGAGGACGACGAGGAGGAGGAAGAGAAGUCCCUCUUCGAGCAAGCCCUCCACAGCCUCCCCGGCCCGCUUUUGGAGAGGGAGGGCUUCCCUUUCCCGCAGCCCCAGCCGCCCCAGCCCCACCACAACGGGGAGUCGCCCCGCUUCCCCAUCUCGCCUUUGGCCAGCAAUGAGAAAAAUCCGAAACAUUUCCAGCACCAGUCGCCCACUGUUCCCAACUGCCUGUCAACAAUGGCCCAGAACUGUGCCGCCGGCCUCAACAAUGACAGCCCGGAGGCCCUGGAGGUGCCUUCCUUGCAGGACUUCAGCGUUUUCUCCGCAGACUCCUGCCUCCAGCUCUCCGAUGCCGUCUCCCCCAGUUUGCCAGGCUCCCUCGACAGCCCCGUCGAUCUCUCCGCCGACAGCUUUGACUUUUUUACGGACACACUCACCACCAUUGACUUGCAGCAUCUGAAUUAUUGAAAACAAUCACAGACCUUCAUAUGCGCCAACUAGGGUUAUGCUUUCAGGUCUCUGCCCUUCUCCAGCUUUCCCCCCCACCUUUCUCUCUGUAGUCCAUUGUCGAAGGCUUUCAUGGCCGGAAUAAUUGGGUUGUUGUGAGUUUUUCGGGCGAUGUUCCAAAAGCAUUCUCUCCUGCCAUAGAUGCAGGCGAAACGUCAGGAGAGAAUGCUUCUAGAGCAUCUCCAUACAUCCCGGAAAAUUCACAACCCCUCUCUCUUUCUUUCUUUCUUUCUCUCCUUCUUUCAAUCUCAAUGGAUCUCUAGCCACCCCAAAACACAAACAGCCAUCUCCACCCUCCCCCACAUUAGCAGAUCUUGAUUAUUUGAGUUCUUUCCUUUCCUGGCCGCUAUUUUCUUGCUUCUUCUCCCUCUCUUGGUGUGUCGCCAUUUCCCUUCCCCUUCUAUGCCACCCUUAGUUGUCUUCGGUUGAACCUAGCCACAUCCUAGGAGGUCCUUGCUCUGAAAGCAAUCUAUGAGGCCUGUGAGAAAGUGAUCAUAUCGAAUUGUAUCGUCACUUUCUUUUUAUUUUUGUAUUGCAUUAGGAUGCGUUGUCAUAAGUAUUUUUGGUAGAAUAAAUUUCUUGUUUGCUACAA